AUGGCUUUCGGGCCACCGCCGCCACUAGAGGUCACGAGCGGUGUGUCGCUGGGGCUCAGUACCUCGGUAGCUUCGGUGACGGCUUCAAUGACGGCUUCAAUGACGUCGAAUUCGGUGGAGUCAAAUACCGCCUCAUCAUCGAGUGGAGGCCUUUCCGCGGAGGGAAAGAAAGGGCUGGCGUACAACGACGCCUCGCUAACUGACGCCUUCGAUGGUAGGGGGAUGACUUGGGCGUACAACUGGGCGGCUAGUCCUGGAGGCCAGCUUGUGGCCGGUGUGGAGUUCGUUCCUAUGCUUUGGGGUCUGGUGAGGUUGGACACUUGGUCCUCUUCCGUGAACUCUGCCAUUGCAAGUGGCGCGAAACACGCCUUGGGCUUUAACGAACCCGACGACACCAACCAAGCUAAUCUGACUGCGGCCAUGGCAGCAAGUUAUCACAUUCAAUACAUGAACCCCUUGGCAGGACAAGUGUCUAUCGGCUCCCCUGCCGUCACCAACGGCGAUGGCCUGGAUCCACCGCAAGGAGUCCACUGGCUGCAGGCAUUCUUCACAGCUUGCGCCGGGAAAUGUGAGGUCGACUUCGUAGCAUUUCACUGGUACGGCUCGGUGAGCGACAUCGCCGGCUUCCAGCAGCACGUAGAGGACGUUACUCUCGCUGCGGCGGCAGCCAAUGUUACAAAAUUAUGGUUAACGGAAUUCGGCGCUAAUGGGACGGACGCUGACGUCGCUUCCUUCUUGACCCAAGCCGUGAACUUUCUUGAUUCAACGACGCAGGUCGAACGGUACGCCUACUUUAUGUGCAGUGACGGGAUAUUGGUCAACGGAGGCACGAUCUCGUCUCCCAUCGGUGAAGCAUAUGUCGGGUAA